AUGCAAGUUGAUGAAAAAGUGCGUGCAGACAAAUGGAAGGCAACAACUAGCAAGUUGCAGCGACGUGUUUCCGAACUGGAAGCUGUUGUACAGGAACUGGAAGAGAAAAAUCGUGAGCUUAGUGACGAAGUCGAGUUCAUUAAGGAGUGUCACUCCAAGCAGGGUGGAGACUACGACCGGCGUCCUAAGACAUACGAGAGGCUGCUAGAUUGA